AAAACAUGAUAAUUUAAUUUAUCUAGUAAUUAAAUUACAGUGUUACUUAUCUCAGCUGAGAUUAUACAUACGUGAUAAUAAAAAUAUUUUUACAGACAAUUGAUAGUUUGACAAUUGAAUUUGAAUAAAUAAUAAUAAUGGAAAAUGAACCUUUGUAUUCUAAAGAUGAUAAACCACCACCUUAUUCUGCUGCUACUGCACCACCAGGACCUUCUUCAUGGCAACCACCACCUGGUUAUUAUCCAAGUGAUGGAAUUCCAUAUCAAAAUUCAUCAAUUCCAUCAUAUGGAGCUACAACGACUGUCAUUGUACCAGAAAUAAUUCUUGUUGGAGCUUGUCCAGCUUGCAGAGUUGGAAUCUUGGAAGAUGAUUAUACGUGUUUAGGAUUAUUUUGUGCAAUUUUCUUCUUUCCAUUGGGGAUUCUAUGCUGCUUGCUGUUAAAAAAUAAAAAGUGCUCUAAUUGUGGAGCUUAUUUUGGUUAAUCAAGCAGAAAAAAAUAAUUAUUCCACUAAAUUAAAUUUUUUAAGCUAACAUUAUGAAUUUAAUAAUUAUAAUUUAAAGGUGAUAUUAGUUUAAUAAUUGAUAAUAUUAUUCUAGUUGUUAUCAAUUAUACAGUCGACUACCCGUCACAAGCCUGGUCUAGGGGACGUGGGGGAAAUUUUUUUUAGAAUUUCAGUCCUCCCAUUACCGUGCGUUUAGUUUUAUUAUCGACUACAUGUUAUAAGCCUGUUUUAUUUUAUAUCAUUUUAAACGUCGUAUUUACGUUUUGUUCCAUACGCGACUUUCCCGAGUUUCCUGUUGCUUAUAGCGCUAAAAUAAAUACUUACAUUUUUACACUAAUAAAAAUUAUAAUGCAAAAAAUUAUAAUGAUAACGGUAUUGAUUACAGUAAUAAUUGAAAUAAUCGUUUUAUUGGUGAACUUAAUGCUCAAUAAAACUUUUCAAUUGUAACAAAAGCUUUAAAUAUAAUUAAUGAUUACAAUUAUGAACAAUAAAUUAUACUUUACUUAAUAAUGAUUAAAUUAUUGUCCGCGAAACAUAGAUAGUAAAUUUUCAUCAUUAAUUUGUCUAUUUUUCCUAUUCUUCGUUUAUAAUUUUGAUAAUUUUAACGGAGGCUUAUAACGGGCUCUCUGGUACGAAACUCCUUAGAGUGGUUAAGUGGGGGAAGUUUUUUGGGCUCAGUAACUCCCGAUUGAGGAUAAGAGGCUUAUGAAGUGCAGGCUUAUAACGAGUAAUCGACUGUAAUAUGAUUCAAGUUUAAUAAUUUUUUUUUAUAUAUAAAAUUGCUUUAAUGUUGUUAUUAUAUUGAGAAAAAUGAUCAAAACUUAAAUGAAUUACUCGAUCAAGAACUUAUGAAUGAAAUUAAUUAAAACUAUUGUUUGAUUUAAUUUAUUUUUUAUUCUUUUCCGUAGAAAGUAUGAAAUUAAAAGAUACGUAAUAAUUAUAUUGAAUGUUUAUGAAUGUUAUAAAUGUUUAUGCAUAGUUAGUGGUUAUAAUAAAUGAUAU